AUGAGAACUAAAGCGGCGGCCGCAGAAGAUGUCUUGGAGUCUCUAAACUCAUCUCCGAGACCAGCCCGGAAACCGGUGCCUAUCCUACCCUGUCCUCGCGAUGUUGGCCCGACAGGCUAUCAUCCGACUGGGAUUCAUGCGAGUGUAUUCCAGAACUACCUGUCUCUGUGUGGCGCUUAUUCUUCAUACCUUGGUGAGACGUACGUCCUCGUGGGGUUCUGCCAAUCCAACUUCUUCAGGCCUGACAUGAUCAAGUCUGCCUGUAUCUACAUCGGCGGGCUGCUAAUAACCGGGAUCUUGGAUGCUGUCCGCGGCAUGAGUGAUAAACCUUACUAUGAGUGGAGCGCUGUCCGUGAGCUGAAAUGGUUUCUUGACACAGCCACCAAUUCCGAGCUGUACCAGGUUGUGUAUCCGGUAGCCAUCCUCGGCAUGUUUGACGUACGAGUCUCUAUCCUGAAGCUUCUUGAAUCGUUGCAGAUGGUACGCUUUAGUUCAUAUACUGUCACUCAUCUAGCCGCAGUAGAGCGCUUCAUCAAAAGUCGCGGCGGCUUACAGAAGAUGCCUCCACCCAUGCAGGCCAUCGUGGCCAUGGCUGAUCUCCUGCAAUGCAUAUGUCUCGACACAAAGCUAGCCUUCAGCUCUGUUGGUCAGUCCCUCUUUCAUUGGCAAGCUGUCGACAAGCUCUGCGGCGACCACAAGGUGAGAUCACCACUGCUGCGAUAUGAAGACGAGGGCUUCUCGCUCGUCAGCCGCUUCAUUGAUCCUGAAAUUUCCAAAACGCUUGUGCGGAUUCUAGGCCGGACUUCUGGCGACAUUGAAUCCUUCUGCAGCCAGGAGGCCGAAAAUGGAUCCUGGAAUUGGUUGGAAGAAAUUUCAACCUGA